ACUCCGCGCAGAGCGCCGCGCUAUUGUCCUGGCCGGGAAGGCGGGGCCGGCGCGGGGCGGGGCUGGCGGCGCCGGCGCAGCCCGGGGGCGGCGGGAGGAGGAGGCGGCGGCGGCGGUGGCGCUGGAAGCUCCUGUCACCGCUGGGGCCGGGCCGGGCGGAAGUGCAGGGGACUUGAGGGCGCGAGGGCCGGGACAUGGGGCCGGUCAGCCCAGCCGCGCGCGGUCUGGGUCGCCGCCCGGGCCAGCCGCCGCUGCCGCUGCUGCUGCCGCUGCUGCUGCUGCUCCUGCGCGCGCAGCCCGCCGUCGGGAGCCUGGCGGGCGGGAGCCCCGGCGCCGCCGAGGCGCCGGGGUCGGCCCAGGUGGCCGGACUAUGCGGGCGCGUAGCCCUUCACCGGGACCUGCGCACCGGCCGCUGGGAGCCAGACCCGCAGCGCUCGCGGCGCUGUCUCCGGGACCCGCAGCGCGCGCUGGAGUACUGCAGACAGAUGUAUCCGGAGCUGCAGAUCGCACGCGUGGAGCAGGCUGCGCAGGCCAUCCCCGUGGAGCGCUGGUGUGGGGGUUCCCGGAGCGGCCACUGCGCCCACUCCCACCACCAGGUCGUGCCCUUCCGCUGCCUGCCCGGUGAGUUCGUGAGCGAGGCCCUGCUGGUGCCUGAAGGCUGCCGGUUCUUGCACCAGGAACGCAUGGACCAGUGUGAGAGUUCAACCCGGAGGCAUCAGGAGGCACAGGAGGCCUGCAGCUCCCAGGGCCUCAUCCUGCAUGGCUCGGGGAUGCUUUUGCCCUGUGGCUCCGAUCGGUUCCGAGGUGUGGAGUAUGUGUGCUGUCCCCCUCCAGUGACCUCCGACCCGUCUGGGACAGCAGAUGGUGACCCCUCCACCCGGUCAUGGCCCCUGGGGGGAAGAGUAGAGGGGGGUGAGGACGAGGAAGAGGAGGAAUCCUUCCUACAGCCAGUGGACGAUUACUUCGUGGAGCCUCCACAGGCUGAAGAGGAAGAGGAGGAGGAAAGAGUCCCACCCCCGAGCUCCCAGGCCCCAGCAGUGGUCAGCAAAGUCACUCCCACCCCGAGGCCCACAGACGGUGUGGACGUCUACUUCGGCAUGCCUGGGGAGAUCAGCGAGCAUGAGGGGUUCCUGAGGGCCAAGAUGGACCUGGAGGAGCGUAGGAUGCGCCAGAUUAAUGAGGUGAUGCGUGAAUGGGCCAUGGCGGACAACCAGUCCAAGAACCUGCCCAAAGCUGACAGACAGGCCCUGAACGAGCACUUCCAGUCCAUUCUGCAGACCCUGGAGGAGCAGGUGUCCGGGGAGCGGCAGCGCCUGGUGGAGACCCAUGCCACCCGCGUCAUCGCCCUUAUCAACGACCAGCGCCGGGCCGCCCUGGAGGGCUUCCUGGCGGCGCUGCAGGGGGACCCGCCUCAGGCAGAGCGUGUCCUGCUGGCCCUGCGGCGCUACCUGCGGGCGGAGCAGAAGGAGCAGAGGCACACGCUGCGGCACUACCAGCAUGUGGCCGCGGUGGAUCCUGAGAAGGCCCAGCAGAUGCGCUUCCAGGUGCAGACCCACCUGCGUGUGAUCGAGGAGAGGAUGAACCAGAGCCUGGGCCUCCUGGACCAGAACCCCCACCUGGCGCAGGAGCUGCGGCCCCAGAUUCAGGAGCUCCUCCGCUCCGAGCACCUGGGGCCCAGCGACUUGGAAGCCCCCGCCCCCGCGGGCAGCAGUGAGGACAAGGCCAGGCCACAGCCUCCAGAUUCCAAGGACGACACCCCUGGGACCCUUCCGAAAGAGCAAGAUGCUGCACCCCCUGAGAAGGAGAAGACGUCCCCCCUGGAGCAGUACGAGCGAAAGGUGAAUGCGUCCGUUCCAAGGGGUUUUCCUUUCCACUCAUCAGAGAUUCAGAGAGACGAGCUGGCACCAGCAGGGACAGGCGUGUCCCGAGAGGCCGUGUCCGGUCUGCUGAUCAUGGGAGCAGGUGGGGGCUCCCUGAUCGUCCUCUCCAUGCUGCUCCUGCGCAGGAAGAAGCCCUACGGGGCCAUCAGCCACGGGGUGGUGGAGGUGGACCCCAUGCUGAGCCUGGAGGAGCAGCAGCUUCGGGAGCUGCAGCGGCAUGGCUAUGAGAACCCCACCUACCGCUUCCUGGAGGAACGACCCUGAACCGCCCCGUCACGCCUCCAGCCGAGCCCAGACCUUCCCUCUUCCGGGAGCCCCAGAACCCCAACUCCCAGCCUAGGGUGGGGGAGGGACUCUCGAAAACUUCAUUUCACACCCGUUGUCAGGGGGCUGGAAAUUCUCAUUUCCCCUUUCCAUUUCCAAAUUCCAUCCCCACGAAGCCCCCAGCGAUUCCCAGCUGCCUCCCUACAUGGGACCUCCUCACCUUAAUUUAUUUUGCAAGUUAAUUUAUUGCUCCUUAAGGUGACCGUCACCUUGGUCCCAGUGUCUGUUGUUCCCUAGAAUUCACCCUCCCACAUUUUCGCCACUAACAUCCCAAUAAAGUCCUUUUCCCCACCA